AUUUUGCAAGAAAUUCCAAGUGUUUGAGUGCCAAUAUUGAUAUCACCUGUGGAAGGUUGUGAUUAUUCAAAGUCAACAGAUUGCUUGUGAUUAUUCAAGAGUGAACAAUGACAAGUAAUACAGCAAGGAACUCUGGUCCUUACAGCAAGGCCUUGAAAUGCAAAAUAUUGGCCAUGGGAAACCCAGUGUCAUAUACUGGGAAAGAUGGGCAAGACAAAAAGUGUCUAAAUCUCGCCAUGAGUGAUGGCACUUCAGUUAUGAAACUGACCUGUUAUGAUCAAACAAAGUUUAAGUAUUUCAAGGUUGGACAUACUGUUGUACUUAGAGAGGUUAUAAAGAGAGUAGAAGAAGGAAUUGAUUAUAUAGUUGUGACGAAGAAUUCUAAAGUUUUCAUAUCCGGCCCACUGGAAAUCCCUGCCAGCCAUACAAGUAUUGGAGAAAAAUUAAUAAACCCCCCACCUGCUGAGGAAACGAAUGUGAAAGAGGCCCUUGCUUCCCCAGCAAAGAAGAAGGUGUCUGUGUCGGGAAGAAUAAUUCAGGAGGAGGAGAUCAGAAUGGUAAAAGUUAGAGGAGAAGAAGUGCCCAUAAAAUCAAUCAUGAUUGAAGACGAAACUGAAAAGGCAAAAAUAACAUUAUGGAGGGAACUGGCUGCUGUGGAAACCAGACCAGGGAAUUACGUACAAGUGACAGAUGUCAUUGUUAAUGUCUAUAACAAUCAAACAUCCUUGCAAACAACAUCAAGAUCCACUGUCACAGAAAAAACAAUUCCAGAAGUGAACAAAACAGUAAUGGUUGAAGGAAUUUGCGUUGACGAUAAUCUGGCCGAACUUUUCCUCGAGGACGAAACCUCUUUAUUUAUUAACAUUGACGUAUUAUUAAUGGCUUUGAAUCUAGAAACAACAGAUAAUGUCAUGGAAAACGGAUCAUUCCAGCUACAAGUAGUGUGUGUUGGUUCAAACAUAAUAAGUGCUCAAAGCAAUUCUGACAGUCAAGGCUAGAACAGUUUGCCAGCAUUUGACAGAGAAGGACACCAAUUUGACAUAAAUUGCAAUUUUUGCUUACCAUGUAAAACUCGGGGCAAGCUGUAUGAAUCCUAUUUGGUCAUAGGAGAAUUGCUUUUCUUUAGAGAGAAAUUCAACAGAAUGUUUAUUAAACUAUGUGCUUAGAGCUAAGACAUUUGGCAUGGAACAGUGUCUACAAUCUUUCUAAUAAUUGAAAGUUAUCACAAAAUAAUGUCCAUGUGUAUGGUGCUGUCCAAGGGUUCACCUGCUUUGUACAUAUUUAUAUGAAAAGAUUAAGAAUUUUUUAUUUUAAACCACAGUGUUUUCAAUAUUAGGCAGUGCCCUACACUUUGAAACUGCUCAGUACAAAAGUGCCAUAUCACUUUUCAGCUCACCUGCCACAAAGUGCAUGGUGAGCUAUUGUAAUUGCUUCUUGUCUGUGGUCUGUCCAUCCGUAAACUUUUACAAUAAAAUGACAUCUCCUCAUAAACCACAAACCCAAUUUCAUCCAAACUUAACAGGAAUGUUACCUUGGUAGUCAACUUUAAAAAUUGUUCAAGGAAUUUAAUUUCAUGCAAAAAAGAAAAACUUAAAAAAUCUUGUAAUAGGGAACCAAAAGAACAACUAGACAUAAAACAUCAACUAUUCUGUGUCUACCAAGUUUGUAUAAAAAAAAAGCCCUUGGGUCAAAAUUGGCCCUGCCCCAGGGGGUCAUUGAUUUUUCUUAUUCGUAUAUUGUAAAAACAUUAAAAAAAACAGAGUUAGAGCUAAAAUAUAUAGCAUAAUUGGUGUCUUAAAAGUUUGUUCAAAUGAGGCUUUGUGUUAAAAUUGGUCCCGCCCAAUGGUCAAUAUUUUCCCCUUUAUGUAUAUAGUACAAAAUUAAAAACACUUCUUUAAAAAAAAAAUCAAAGAGCUAAGGUUUAGAUACUAAGCAUGAAAAAUCUUCUAGUGGGAGUCUACCAAGUUUGAGCAAAUAAAAGCCCUUCGGUCAAAGUUUGAACCACUCGGAGGGGUCAUUGUUUUCCCCAUAUGUGUAUAGUAAAAACUUAAAAAAUAAUCUUAUAUAAAACCCAAAGAGAUGGAGCUUAGACAAUUAACGGAAACAUCUUUUAAUGUGUGUCUACCAAAUUUUUUCAAAUAUUGAAAAGCCCUUGGGUUAAAAUUGUCUUUGCCAGUGGUUCUGUAUACAGGUGGCCAUUUCAGAGCCAUCAUGACCCUCUUGUAUAUUUAUAUUAAUGUGAACUGCAUACUUUUCAUUUGUUUGUCAUGUUUUUGGUGCCUGCUGUAAUAAUUUUCAAUCAAAAUGUACAGUUGAUGAUUUUUGUUUCUUUCAUUUAUAUAUCUUGAUAUUAAGUACUUAUGUAUUAAGUGCUAUAGUCAUUGUUACCAUCUUUUGGUAUUUUCCCUGUCCAGAAAAGGAUGCAUUAUCCUGAAAGACGUUUUGGGAAAUUUUCAUACAGACAUAUAGGCAAAAUUAAAUCUGUUCCAUAUAAUUUUGUUGUAAAAUAUGAUACGUAAAAUGGAACAAACAAACAUCUGAAUUUUCUAAUUAUUUGAGGUCAUUUAAAGAACAGAUCACUUAUACAUACGUAAAUGAAUUCUUGUUCUUACCUUUGGAUAAUGUUUUUCUUUUCAUUGUUUAAUACAAUACAUAAUUUCAUGCAAUUCCUCAUAUGGUUUCUGUAAUUUUUUCAAUACUUAAAAAUUCAUAAAAAAUAGGCCAAUUUUUAAGAAAAAAUGCACAGGUUAGGGAAAGAUUAGGGAAAAAAAAUAAACACUCUAAAUUUAUUCAUGAAAUUUUGCAUAUUGACUUAAACGAAGGUAAGCUUCAUGAAAAUAAGGAAAAAAAUUUUCCCUUCAUUGUAAAUUACCUGCCCUUGAAUUUAAUGAAAAAGUCUUAUUCCAGUGCAGAUAACUCGAAAAUAAGUACAGCAAUUCCAAAUUUUUUCUGUUUAAAAUGUUUCUGCUAUGAUAUUCCAAUAACAUGCCAAGUUUACAGAAAUUCUAAAGAACAGCUUUAAUUUUGCCUAUAUGUCUAUAUGAACACUCUUGAAAACAUUUUUAAGCUAGGCCAAGAAAACAUACUUCAUACAGACAUGUAAUUUUAUUUCUUUAACUUUAUUUUUGUAAUAAAUAUCAUGUUCUAUUAUUAUUGUUGAAAUCUAUUGCAUAAUACCUUCAAAGUACCAUGUUCACAAUACUUUUAAUUUAAUGCUUAAAUAUAUUUUGGCUCUUAAUAUAUACAUAACAAACUUGUACAUUCCUUUAUUAAAAAUGGUCUUUCUGAUAUAACCAGGCUCAAGAUAAUGUUUAUUUAUAUCCUGUUAUCAAUGCACAAAAUGUAAACAAUUGAAAAAUAUUUUGCUUGUGUUUAUUACUUAUCUAUUGAAAUUUGCCAAAUAUAUAAGAAAAUUUGUGAGAACUUUACAUGCUGGUAACAUUUCACUGCAUUUCUUUGACAGAGAAAUAUUGGAUUUCUGAAAGUUAUUGUAGCUUACAUUUACAAAGAAACAUUAAAAAAAAAAUAUUUAUAUGCAUAAUAACUGUUAGUUACAUUUGUUAGCCUUGACUGUUACUUAUGGUCAAUAGUGUUACAUGUAUAUAUAUAUGUUUGUUUUACAUUUGCUUGUAUUUCUAUCAUUUCAAAUCAUUGUAUUGAUCAUUAUAUAGUUUGUUAGUUUCUCAGUAGCAUUGUUUUUAGAUUUAAUUGCAAUUUUGUCACAACUAUCAUUUAAAAUCCGUAUUGAUUUGCUCCUUUGACAAACAGAUCACUUGUUUAUGUUUCUGUGUAUCAAUUUAUGUCUACAGGUGGAAGGGUCCAUUUAUAAUGAGUUUCUGAGCCAAAACUGGCAUCAUUGUAUUCUUACUAUCAAGAAUUGUUAAAUCAGUUCAUUCCUGUAAAAUGAAAAAAAAUACAUGUAAUGUUUUGCUUACCUUCUCUAGAAAAUAUAAAGUUGAAACGGUCAGCAAGUUAUAACAGACAUUUUCCUUAAAUAUAAAGUUUUAAACAGUCCGCACUUCAUAACAGACAGUUUUCUUUAAGUUAAAAGGAUAUCAAAAAGUUACUGUGAAAUCAUUUGUCUCAGCUUGCCCCACAUGUAUUAUCUAUGAAAUAAAUUUGAUUGUCUCCACCUGACCUGGCCUAAUUAAUUUUUUUGUGUUGGCAUUGUUUUGAAUACAAAGUGUUGAGUUCAAACUUUGCAGUACCUACAUUCUUCACAUUUCAAACCAAUAAUAAUUUUUUUUGCAAACCACACCUUAAACCCCUCCCUAAUGUAAUGCAUUAUUGAAAUUAGACAAGUUAGACAAUACUAUAGUACAUUUUAUAGUUAAUACACAUUAACCAAAGUUAAACUUCACAAAAGUUUGAAAAAAACUGCAAUGCAAUAGGACAAAAAAUAAUAUCUAUCCUUAUCAAGAGGCAUAAAUAAUAUACACUGGUAGCUUUGUUUUCCAAAAUAUUGCUAAUGAUUUUAAAGCUGUGUUUUCUUAAAUAUGGUUAUUAUUGAAUCAUUGUCCACAUCAGUAUUCCCAAUA